AUUCGACCUAAACACGCGUAACAAAUGUCUUCAGUGUUCUCCAGGAAACAUAAUUUAUUUGUAAGAAAAAGAACGUCAUUCACAAGAUCUACAAUUGCCCGUAUACAUACAGAUUCGAAAAUUCUGGUUUCGUAGAACGUCGCCUGUUAAACCGUACCUGUCCCGUGUGUCAGACUAGUAAAAAUGCUCAAAGUACUGACCCCAUUUGUCUACUGGGCUCAAACUGAGACCCAAUGUACAUUGAAGAUUGAUUUAACUGAUGUCAAGGAUCUUAAAGCAAAGUUUGAUGACAAGAGACUGCAAUUUAUUGCACACGGUCAAGGUGCCAGAGGACCGCAUAGUUAUGGAUUCACUUUGGACUUCCAUUCUUGUAUUGACCCGGAGGAAAGCUACUAUAAGGUGAUAGAUCGUCAAGUUGAUAUUGUUCUACAUAAGCAAUGCAAUGCUUGGUGGCCUCGAUUAACCAGUCAACCGCAAAAGCCACCAUGGUUAAAAAUUGAUUUUGACAAAUGGAGAAGCCAAGAUAUGGACGACAACGAAGAAGAGAAGCGCGAUGUAUGUCAGGACUAUCCUGACACGUACGAUUGGCUACAGAAGGAGGAACUUGGUUACAGAAAAGAGGAUCUAAAAAAGGUUUAUUUAAUCUUCUACGACCUCUGUCAAUUCGUCGGGUAUAUUUAUAUUCUUGCCGUAAUGGGCAUAAGAUAUUCGAGGGACGGCCCAGAGUCCAUGAGGGAAACGUACGAUGCCGUGGGAAAUCCAAUGAAAUUCAUUCAAUUACUUCGAUUCCUCGAGGCGAUGCAUCCCCUGUUUGGUUACACAAACGGAAGCACCUUGGUCGCAUUCCUGCAGGUGAGCAGUCGUGCAUUCAUUGUAUUCUGUAUGAUGGAAGCCGAGCCACGGAUGCAAGAAAAACCUGUAGUAUUCUAUGUGUUUCUCAUAUGGAGCACGGCGGAGAUGGUUAGAUAUCUAUAUUACAUAGUACAUCUAUUAAAUCUCGAAAUUCCAUUAUUAACGUGGCUACGCCACACAAUAUGGAUGCCCCUUUAUCCUUUAGCAUUUUUGUGCGAAGACAUCAUUAUAAUCAGGAAUAUCCCGUACUUCGAGGAGACACAGAAGUUUACGAUUGGCCUGCCAAAUGCCUGGAACUUUGCUUUCCAUUUCCCCAGCUUCAUGAAGAUUUACUUGCUGGUUCUCUGUCUUCCUGGCAGGUACACGUUGAUGUCACGAAUGAAUCAUAUUCGACAUAAAAAAUUAGGAAAAUUCAAUAUAAAAAGAAAAUCUACCUAACUCUGAGCAGGUAGCUCAUGCUCAUAUCUCUUAAUUUCUUGAUGUUUGUGUACAUCCAUGUAAUCGAACUGAAGAGCGAAGCUUGCAGUCGAAGCAAAGUGCGUUUAUUUGAUUGUCAUCAUAAUAGAUAACAAAAGUUUAGAAAUCGCUUGGAGUUGUAUUACAAAAAUCUAUGUAAGUAUGACAUGCAUGUACAAGUUCAAAUGGUUUAAAUUUAAUAAAUAAAAUUGGCUUAAUCAUU